CUAUGUGUGAACAUUUGUGAUACUCCUAUCAAUUCUUUGUAGAAGCUUUUUUUCAUAUGCAGUUCAACAAGAAAAUAAUCAGCCAAAAUUUGACAUAAUGACAUCUAUCAUCAGAUUAACACCAUUUUCUGGUGUAUUGGAUGAGUCACCUUUAUGUUACAUGUUGCAAGUGGAUGAAUUUCGCUUUCUCUUGGACUGUGGUUGGGAUGAGCAUUUCAGUUCACAACACAUGCAAAAUGUUCAGAAACAUAUUGGUCAGAUUGAUGCAGUACUACUGACCUACCCUGAUAAUAACCACCUAGGUUUGCUGCCUUACCUAGUUGGUAAGUGUGGUCUUGCAUGCCCAAUCUAUGCAACCAUUCCAGUCUAUAAAAUGGGUCAAAUGUUCAUGUAUGAUCUCUACCAGUCAAGACACAAUACAGAGGAGUUUGAUCUUUUCACAUUAGAUGAUGUGGAUGCUGCAUUUGACAAAGUCAUCCAAGUGAAGUAUUCCCAGAGCAUUGCCCUAAAAGGUAAAGGUCAUGGUUUGGUGAUAACAGCAUUGCCUGCUGGUCACAUGGUCGGAGGAACGAUUUGGAAAAUUGUGAAAGAUGGAGAAGAAGAGAUUAUAUACGCUGUUGAUUACAACCACAAGAAAGAAAGGCACUUGAACGGAUGUGUAUUAGAGACAAUAAGUAGGCCGUCACUACUUAUUACGGAUGCCUACAAUGCCAUGUAUCAGCAGACAAAGAGAAGACAAAGAGACGAACAGUUAAUGAGUAUGUAUUGAAAUAUUAAUAAUGUU